GCUUUAAAUCUUCUUUGUAAUCAGAAAACAGCCGCAUGAGGCCUACUGCUGGUCCAAACAAUCCACCCGUCUUCUGCAACACCAUGGCUUUAUAUUCUUCCUCAGUGGGACAGGUGUAGGUGUCCCUCCAGUAACUCUCUAGGCCUUGUCCCUGAUGGAGUUCCAAAAGUUGGCAUGUGAAAAGCUUCACGGCAUCUGGGUGAUCAAGCGUUAAGACUUUCUCCAGGCCAAGGAAGUAGACGUAAUUGGCAGAACUGAUGACAAAAAGGGAUUCCACAGAUGCUAUAUGCUUCUGGAAAACCACGUCGGAGCUUUGAAUUAUCAUCAAUAUCAUCAAUGAGGAAGCUGGCAUUAUGCAACAUUUCAGUUACUUCAAUGAUAAUCUGCACUUUGUCUUCUGGAACCUUCAGCCAGUGAUUGAAUACCUGUGAAAGUUUGGUUCUCACCUGGUAAUUGAAGUGUGGCCUUGCCCAGCAGAUGAUGAUGGCCUUGCCCCGGUGAGCUACAGCCUGCCCCCAUCACCCUCCAGCCAACAGGAUGCGACUGUGGAAGGCCGUGGUAGUGACGCUGGCCUUCGUGAGCAUGGACGUUGGUGUGACCACGGCCAUCUAUGCCUUCAGCCACCUGGACCGCAGCCUGCUGGAGGACAUCCGCCACUUUAACAUCUUCGACUCGGUGCUGGACCUCUGGGCUGCCUGCCUGUAUCGCAGCUGCCUGCUGCUGGGGGCGACCAUUGGUGUGGCCAAGAACAGCGCUCUGGGGCCACGGCGCCUGCGGGCCUCGUGGCUCGUCAUCACCCUCGUGUGCCUCUUUGUGGGCAUCUAUGCCAUGGCCAAACUGCUACUCUUCUCAGAGGUGCGCAGGCCCAUUCGGGACCCAUGGUUCUGGGCGCUCUUCGUGUGGACCUAUAUCUCGCUGGCCGCCUCCUUUCUGCUAUGGGGGCUGCUCUCUACCGUGCGGCCGGACGCUGAGGCCCUGGAGCCCGGGACUGAGGGCUUCCAUGGGGAGGGUGGGGCCCCUGCUGAGCAGGCAUCCGGGGCCACACUACAGAAGCUGCUGUCGUACACCAAGCCUGAUGUGGCCUUCCUAGUUGCCGCCUCCUUCUUCCUCAUCGUAGCAGCUCUGGGUGAGACCUUCCUGCCCUACUACACAGGCCGGGCGAUUGACAGCAUUGUGAUCCAGAAGAGCAUGGACCAGUUCAGCACAGCCGUCGUCGUCGUCUGCCUGCUGGCCAUUGGCAGCUCAUUGGCCGCAGGUAUUCGGGGCGGCAUUUUCACCCUCGUAUUUGCCAGACUGAACAUUCGCCUCCGGAACUGUCUUUUCCGCUCCCUGGUGUCACAGGAGACAAGCUUCUUUGAUGAGAACCGCACAGGGGACCUCAUCUCCCGCUUGACCUCCGACACCACCAUGGUCAGCGACCUGGUCUCCCAGAACAUCAACAUCUUCCUGAGGAACACGGUCAAGGUCACAGGCGUGGUGGUCUUCAUGUUCAGCCUGUCCUGGCAGCUUUCCUUGGUCACCUUCAUGGGCUUCCCCAUCAUCAUGAUGGUGUCCAACAUCUACGGCAAGUACUACAAGAGACUCUCCAAGGAGGUUCAGAGUGCCCUGGCCAGAGCCAGCACCACAGCCGAGGAAACCAUCAGCGCCAUGAAGACUGUGCGCAGCUUUGCCAAUGAGGAGGAAGAGGCGGAGGUAUUCCUUCGCAAGCUGCAGCAGGUGUACAAGCUGAACAGGAAGGAGGCGGCGGCCUACAUGUCCUAUGUCUGGGGCAGCGGGCUCACACUCCUGGUGGUCCAGGUCAGUAUCCUCUACUACGGGGGCCACCUUGUCAUCUCGGGGCAGAUGAGCAGCGGCAACCUCAUCGCCUUCAUCAUCUACGAGUUUGUGCUGGGAGACUGCAUGGAGUCCGUGGGCUCCGUCUACAGUGGCCUGAUGCAGGGAGUCGGGGCUGCUGAGAAGGUGUUCGAGUUCAUCGACCGGCAGCCAACCAUGGUGCAUGACGGGAGCUUGGCUCCUGACCACCUAGAGGGCCGGGUGGACUUUGAGAAUGUCACCUUCACUUACCGCACCCGGCCCCACACACAGGUCCUGCAGAAUGUCUCCUUCAGCCUGUCCCCAGGCAAGGUGACAGCCCUGGUGGGGCCCUCGGGCAGCGGGAAGAGCUCCUGUGUGAACAUCCUAGAGAACGUCUACCCACUGCAGGGCGGCCGCGUGCUGCUGGAUGGCAAGCCCAUCGGCGCCUACGACCACAAGUACCUGCACCGCGUGAUCUCUCUGGUAAGCCAGGAGCCCGUGCUGUUCGCCCGCUCCAUCACAGACAACAUUUCCUACGGCCUGCCCACCGUGCCCUUCGAGAUGGUGGUGGAGGCCGCACAGAAGGCCAACGCCCAUGGCUUCAUCAUGGAGCUGCAGGACGGGUACAGCACAGAGACCGGAGAGAAAGGAGCCCAGCUGUCAGGUGGCCAGAAGCAGCGGGUGGCUAUGGCGCGGGCCCUGGUGCGGAACCCACCUGUGCUCAUCCUGGAUGAAGCCACUAGUGCUCUGGAUGCAGAGAGUGAAUACCUGAUCCAGCAGGCCAUCCACGGCAACCUGCAGAGACACACGGUGCUGAUCAUUGCACACCGGCUGAGCACCGUGGAGCGAGCGCACCUCAUCGUGGUGCUAGACAAGGGCCGUGUGGUGCAGCAGGGCACGCACCAGCAGCUGUUGGCACAGGGCGGCCUCUAUGCCAAGCUGGUGCAACGCCAGAUGCUGGGACUCGAGCACCACUCGGACUACACGGCUGGCCACAAUGAGCCGCCCAGCAGCGGCGAGCACAAGGCCUGACAGCCAGGCUGGCCCCGCACUGGGCCCCGGCUGCAGCACUGGAGGCGACCUGCCAAGCCCCACUCUUGCUUCCUGCAUCUUGCCUCCUUCCACCUGCUCCCCAGGCCCCCACUGGCUGCCAUGGGCAACCCUCUUCUACUGUCUCCCUUCUUGGCCCCUCCAGGCCUGCCAAGGUAGAGCAGCCUUUUUAAACCAAGUCACCAGGGUGUUUACUGCUCCAUUUAACGUGCUCCAGUCAACUAGAUUUCAAAAACAUUUUUCUUUUUGGGACUGGCAGUGAGGAAGCUUACUAAACUGUCCUCAAGACUUCUGAGCCAGGAGUGCACGGCCCUUCCUGACCACCUGGAGGACGGCUGGGAGAGAACUAAGCAGCCCCCUCUGCCCCUGUCCCCUAGGGGGACUCACGGGUUGGCCUUCUGUCCUUCCAGCCUCCCUGCUCUGAGUCAGGCCAGGGGUGGGCAGAAGAGUGGGAGGGGACUGACUGCCCAUUAUCCCCCUGCCAAUCAAAGCCAGUCUCACUGUGAACCACCAGGAACCUCAGAGGAGGGGCUGGCCAGGCCUGGUGGGCCUUGGGGUGCCCCCAGCCCCAUCCCCAGCACUUGAGCCCUUCAUCCUUUCCCCUGGCUGGCACCCUCCCCUCAUGUCCACCCUGCUAUUCUGCGGAGGACCCCUGUUUGUGAGAUAAGUUCUCUGAUUGGUAGAGGGAGAGAGACUAAGGCAAUGCCCAGGGUCUGGCCUUGUCCUGGUUUUGAGGUUUGGGGAGAACUGGGUCAAUAAAGUGUACACUACCUCUGACCUCUA